AUAUCCUUCAAUAUUCAAUUUCCACUCUUAAUAUUGUUUCCAAUUAAAUUAAUAAAUCCCACCAAUUUGAUUCAAUUUUGGCUGUUUCCAAUAAACCCCCAAAAGGCCCCAAACAAAACAAAAAGAAAAAGAAAAAAAAAAAAAUCAAAGCCCGUUCCCCUUUUAAGUUUCUUCUCUUCUUCUUCUUCCUUCUCUCGCCCCCAAUUCGCACUUUUCCAGCAGCGGAGCUCUCUCUCUCUUCUGUACAUAGAAAGCGCCAUAGGAGAAGGGAAAGCGAAAAAGGCGUUGAAUCAAUCGAAGAUGGGAUUCUUGAAGGAGGAGAAAUCGAAGAGAGUCCUGAGAGGAGUGAAGACGGUGUUCUUCAUAAUCGUAAUGAUCUUCUCCUUCCUCAUCUUCUCAGCUCCGGUACUCCUCGUAAUCGCCGAUACUCUCCUCCCUGCCUCCCUCCUCUCCGCCUCCCUAUCCCCUUCUUCCCUCUCCUUCAGCACACUCGCCGCCGACUUGAGCAACUACGAUUUCCGCUACUCCCUUGUCGACAUCCCGCUCGUCUCCAUCCUGAGAUCCGCCGUCAUCUUCUGCGUUUACAGCUUCUGCGACGGGCCGAGGCUAUCGCGGGGGCCGUACUUGGGGAUCACGGCGAUUUGCUCCGUCUGCUCGCUGAUUUACGUCUCCGCGAAGGCGCCGUACGUUUUCAGCGCCUACCGGAUCGAUCGGGGCGGGUACGUCCGCGGGAUGGAGGCUGCUCUGUUCCUUUGCUCGCUCUUUCUGGCGAUUGGCCACGUCGUCGUGGCGUACCGAACGAGUUGCAGGGAGCGGAGGAAGCUUCUGGUCUACAAAAUCGACAUUGAAGCUAUCUCUGCUUGCCAGAAGGGACUCCCAAGGUACCAGAAGAAGAUCCUGCAGGAAGAAAGAGUCAAGUGACAAUUUGCUCGAUGCUGGGAAAAAAAAAAAACAUUGGGAACACAGAAGACUAACAUGGACAUCUACAGCAUUUUUUUUUUAUGAUCAUCCCUUCGUGUUCUUCAGCAUCCCGGUUUGAGGUUGAUCCUAAGGAUGCCUCUGAUUUGGUGAUGAUUGAAGAAGAAGAUGAAGAAACAAUCCUUACAGAGAUGGUAGAUAUAAGGUAUAAUAGCGCUAUAGGGGGGCAGUUGAGAUACCUGUGUUUUGGGUGACUAGUAUUGUCUUAGUCUUAUGAUUACAUUGUACAGAUUGUUACCUCGAUUUGUUGUUUGUGUAUUUGUUGUGGUGCUGAAUAUAAUGGAGAUCGUGAAUGGCAACUUAGCCAAUUUCCUCUCUCAUUCAAAAUCUGAGAUGUAUACCUCCGGCUAUUUUGUGCAUCUUGUCGGAACUAAAAUUGAUUUGUAGCGACGACAACCUUGGACCAAUCACAUUGUACGUACCGUGUUCA